UCGAGCUUUCAAAAUUAAACCCGAGUAUUUCUUCUUAACUGUCCAAAUCAAUCUCGACCGUCCACUCUCUAAAUCCUACGGUGUUGAUAUUUCAAUGGAAAUAGGAGGGAAACAUUAUGAACCGUCGAUCAUGCCUCCUCAAAUAUAAAACACCUCAUUUAGUUCGACAUUUUUUCUCACUCUCACACUUGCUCUCUCCUCUCUCUUGUUGAUCGAUCUGUUCUCGAAUUUUGGGUUUCGUCUCGCUAUCUUACAGGAAAAAUGAGAGAAAUCCUUCACGUUCAGGGUGGGCAAUGUGGAAACCAGAUUGGUUCAAAGUUUUGGGAGGUGGUCUGUGAUGAGCAUGGAAUUGAUCCAACUGGACGAUAUGUUGGGACAUCUGAUUUGCAAUUGGAGCGUGUCAAUGUAUACUACAAUGAAGCAUCUUGUGGUAGGUUUGUGCCUCGUGCAGUGCUGAUGGAUCUGGAACCUGGAACCAUGGACAGUGUCCGCACUGGUCCAUACGGCCAGAUCUUCAGGCCUGAUAACUUCGUUUUUGGUCAGUCUGGUGCUGGGAACAACUGGGCUAAAGGACACUACACAGAGGGUGCUGAGCUGAUUGACUCUGUUCUUGAUGUUGUGAGAAAGGAGGCUGAGAACUGUGACUGCCUUCAAGGUUUUCAAGUUUGCCACUCUCUUGGUGGGGGAACUGGUUCUGGAAUGGGUACCCUGUUGAUCUCAAAGAUCAGGGAAGAAUACCCUGAUCGGAUGAUGCUUACUUUCUCUGUGUUCCCUUCUCCUAAGGUCUCAGAUACAGUGGUCGAGCCUUAUAAUGCUACACUCUCAGUGCAUCAGCUUGUAGAGAAUGCAGAUGAAUGCAUGGUUCUUGACAACGAAGCUCUGUAUGAUAUUUGUUUCAGGACACUGAAGCUCACCACUCCUAGCUUUGGUGAUCUAAACCACUUAAUCUCGGCGACCAUGAGUGGAGUUACAUGCUGCCUCCGCUUCCCGGGUCAGCUCAACUCUGACCUGCGAAAGCUUGCUGUCAACUUGAUUCCAUUCCCCCGCUUGCACUUUUUCAUGGUCGGAUUUGCCCCCCUAACAUCCCGUGGUUCCCAGCAAUACCGCGCUCUCACUGUUCCUGAGCUCACCCAACAAAUGUGGGAUUCCAAGAACAUGAUGUGCGCAGCUGAUCCACGCCAUGGACGUUACCUCACUGCCUCAGCCAUGUUCAGGGGCAAAAUGAGCACCAAGGAAGUGGACGAGCAGAUGAUCAAUGUCCAAAACAAGAACUCUUCCUACUUCGUCGAGUGGAUCCCUAACAACGUGAAAUCAAGUGUCUGCGACAUCCCACCAAGAGGCCUCUCGAUGGCAUCCACGUUCAUUGGAAACUCGACCUCCAUCCAAGAAAUGUUCAGGAGAGUGAGCGAGCAGUUCACCGCUAUGUUCAGAAGAAAGGCUUUCUUGCACUGGUACACAGGCGAAGGCAUGGACGAGAUGGAGUUCACCGAAGCUGAGAGCAACAUGAACGACCUCGUCUCCGAGUACCAGCAGUACCAGGAAGCCACUGCUGACGAUGAAGGUGAGUACGAGGAUGAAGAAGAAGAAGUCCUCGAAGACUAAGCAGAGGAGCCCACUCUGCAACUCAUCCCCUACCUAUGUGUUUCCCUUGUUUCAUUAACUAUGAACAUUUGGAAAUUCCUAAGUUGUUUGCUUUGUUGGUUUUCUUUCUGCGCUGCUGUUCAGUAAUAGCCAAAGAGAGUAAGGGAGAGUGUCGUGACAACCAUUUUCGUACAUGUGAAGCUCUAGUUUGUAUUUUUUUCUUUCUAUUAUUAAAGUUGUGCCAUUUUCCGUUUA